CUCCCAGUGGCCCUGUUCUGCACUGGCUUCAUCUUAAUUGUAGCGUGGCUUCAGUAUCAGAAGCAGAAGAUGUUUUGGGAUGAAAGCUGGAUCAUCAGUUAUAAAGAUAUCAUGUUCGUUAAAACAUACUGUGCGGGUUUCUCCAGUACUGCCAGCCUACAGCCGGGGAAAAGAAACUCUAGUGUCAGCACCAUAACUGAUGUGACGUUGUGCACUGUGGUCAACACUGUCUACAGGGAGGGCUCCAUUCAGCCAGGAAUUUAUGAUGGACGAACAGUGGCAGUAAAACUUAUACAGAAGAAACAUUUCACGCUUUCAAAAACAAUCAGAAAGGAGGUGAAAGAAGUAAGGACACUGGACCACCCUAACCUGUGCAAAUUUAUUGGUGGAUCUAUUGAAGUUCCUUACAUAAGCAUUAUUACAGAGUAUUGCCCAAAAGGAAGCUUAGCUGAUGUUCUUUUAAAUGACGAUAUACCGAUUAACUGGGGAUUUCGGCUGUCGUUUGCCAGUGAUUUAGCUCGUGGGAUGUCUUACCUCCACCAGCACAAGAUGUUUCAUGGACGGCUUCAUUCUCGGAAUUGCAUAAUUGAUGAUCGUUGGGUCUGUAAGAUUUCAGACUAUGGACUCGCAGCUUAUAGAAAAGCAGACGCUGAGGUAGUGAGUAAUAGUUACCGGUCUCGUAAUUUCUACCGUAUCUACUGUGCUCCAGAGGUCCUCCUUGGAACCUCUGGUUUUUUCACUGCAGCUGCUGACGUCUACAGUUACUCUAUUAUCUUGGUUGAGAUUGCUACUCGCUGUGACCUUAUUUCUCAGUGUCAAAUGGAGGUUGUUAAGCUGGAUGUCGUGUGGCGUCCUCCUCUUCCUGAACUGAAGGCUGGGAAAUCAGACAAUGACUGUCCAAAUGAGGCAGAUUACUGUGAGCUGAUAAAGAAAUGCUGGUCCCAUAAUGCGACAAUGAGGCCAACAUUCGGGCAGGUGAAGAAGAUGUUGGAGAAGAUGAAUCCACACAAAGUCAGCCCAGUGGACAUGAUGAUGAACCUGAUGGAAAAAUACAGUAAACAUUUGGAAGCUGUUGUGGCAGAGAGAACCCAGGAUCUUCUUCAAGAGAAGCAGAAGACAGAUCGUUUGCUUUACAGCUUUACCCAGCUCUCCGGAUCAAGUACACCUCACCAAGUGGUGGACUUCCUGAACAAGCUCUACACUAUCUUUGAUGAGAUCAUCGACAAUCACGAUGUGUACAAAGUAGAGACUAUAGGAGAUGCAUAUAUGGUUGUUUCAGGUGUUCCGAGUGAAAAUGGCAUCAAUCAUGCUGGGGAGAUUGCCAGCAUGGCUCUUGACCUGGUCAGUGUGUGCCAGACUUUUCAAAUACCUCACAAACCCACAACGCAGUUGAAGAUACGGGCUGGGAUCCACUCAGGACCUGUGGUUGCUGGUGUCGUGGGUACGAAGAUGCCGCGGUAUUGUCUGUUUGGCGAUACGGUGAAUACGGCCUCGCGAAUGGAAUCAACGAGUGAAGCUUUGAAGAUCCAGUGCAGUGGCAGCACUGCUGAUAUGCUCCACAGAUUGGGGGGGUUCAUUCUCACCUGCCGGGGCUCACUCAUUGUCAAGGGUAAAGGUGAAAUGAAAACUUGGUGGUUGGAAGCCAAGAAAGGACAGUCUCAUUUGAAGGAGAGUAACAAUCAGCCCUGUGAUAUGCCUGUACCCGUCAGCAAUUAGCCUCUGUGUUUAUGUGAUUUUUAUAGUACUUUAUGUUUAACCCUGACUGAUAGCAGAACCAAAGAACCCAUGUGUGUGUAUAUGUUAUUGAGUAGCCACUUUAUGUGGAAGAGUUUGUAAGUCCAAAUUCCUGCUCCAUGAAGAUGAGGUGUGCGCUGAAAGAAGCUGAUUUACUUGUUGUACACCACUGUUGCACCAAGAUGUAAUUUUGAAUUUCCUCGCCAUCCGUUUAAUCAGACUGGCUAUCCUACUCUGGUGUUUCAUGAACAGGGUGUUUUAGUCACAGAAUGGAUGUUUUUGUUCAUGAUAAAAUUCUCUGUGAACAACAGGCACUGCAUUAUGUGAAAAUACCAAGAAAGUGGCUGUUUCUGAGAAAGAUUCACCAAGUAUGACAAAAAAGAUCACAGCACUUUGAAAAUAGUGUGCAUCAAGUAUAUUAGCUGUUGUAAUGCUUAGUUGAACAAGAAGUGAACCUCUUGACUGAUUUUCCAUGCUGUAUGUAUUCUUUCUUUGUAGACUGUUUGUAUUAGCAAGCAAAUGUAUCAAACAACCUCCCCAUUGGUUUGUAUAUUAUGUGUGUAUAGUAUAUACAAUCACACAGACACAUAUAUGCAUUCAUCUGUUUAUUCAUAAAUUCAUUCUAUUGCC